UUCUACACCAAACAUAACCUCUAACGUCUUUCCAUUCAGAUUUUGGCUUUAAUCUUGUUCAACGAUGAGUAUAGUUACUCUCAUCACGAAUUCUAACUUUUCUGAUUGGACUUCGAAAUCUCAUUCAAAAAAGGGUUACUUUAAAUGGUGAAGGGAUUAGCACGUUUUCUGUUGGAGGAUUACAACAAGAAAGCCGAAUUCCCGCCACGAGGUUAUAUCCGGAAAUUUAAGGAAGAAAAAAAAGAAAAGAAAUUGCUUCUUCUUUUUUUUUUUUUUUUUUUUUUUUUUUUGUCAAUUUGGAUUGAAACGGAAGUAGAGUUUAUUAUGGAACCUCUAUGCGAGUUCUGUGGAGUGGUGAGAGCGGUUGUUUAUUGUAAAUCUGAUUCAGCCCGACUGUGUUUACACUGCGAUGGCCGCGUUCACUCCGCUAAUUCGUUAUCCCGACGCCAUCUUCGCUCUUUACUUUGUGAUAACUGUAAUGCUCAACCAGCCAUUGUUCGUUGCAUGGAUGAUAAACUCUCUCUCUGUCAAUCCUGUGAUUGGAACAACAACCCCAACCCCAAUCCCAAUGCCCCUCCUCCUUCUCACAUUCUUCACUCUUACUCCGGUUGUCCUUCCAUGCCUGAUUUCUCCCGUUUUUGGUCUUCCGAUCCCUCUUCCCUUCCUCCUCCCCAUUCCUGGUUUCCCCCUCCUCCUCCCCCUCAUUUCCCUUUCUCAACCCCCCCUUUUCAUCUUUCCGAUCCUCAUUCCAAGGGUUGUUCUGAUUUUAAAGAUGUUACUACCACUACCACCGCUGCCGAUGCUACUCAUGAUCAUGAUGAUUUAUGUGAGGCUUUGAAUCUUGGUGAUGUUUCACUUCAUUUGGAUAACAAUGAGAAUGAGUUGUUUGGCUGUCCUCAAGGUACUACUAUCAAAUGUCAAUUUGAGGAUGGAGAAUUGGAUUCUCUUUUAAUGGAAAAAAAUUUCUUCGAGGUUACUGAUUCUAAUGCUCCUCCUCCUCCUCUUGACAAUACAAUUGAGGAUAUAUCAUCUGUACAACAGGAUUUUAUGGGAUUUCAAUCGUCUCAAGAGGGGGUUUCCAUUAACAUGAUUCAAAAUGGCAAUUCCAAUUGUAUGCUUAUGAAUCCUAGUUGUAAUGGAAAUAUCAACAUUGGAUUUCCUCCUACUACUCAGGUUCAUUCUAGCAUUUCGCUUUCUCUCUCGAAUAUGACCGGCGAAAGUAGUGUCGCUGAUUAUCAAGACUGUGGGUUAUCGCCGGCGUUUUUGACAGAAGCUUCGUGGGAUCCUAGUAUGGAAGGUAUUGGUCCACAAGCUAAGGAUCGGAAUAGGGAUAAAGCUAAGAUGAGAUACAAUGAAAAGAAAAAAACAAGAACAUUUGGGAAGCAAAUAAGAUAUGCAUCUCGCAAAGCCAGAGCUGAUACUAGAAAAAGAGUUAAGGGUCGAUUUGUGAAAGCAGGUGAAGCCUAUGACUAUGAUCCUCUUGUGACGAGAAACUUUUGAGCCAUGAUAAAGAGUUUCAAUUCCUGAUUUACAGACAAAUGCCAUAUUGAACAAGGUUGUAGAUAAAGAUGUAGCCCUAGCCGCUGGUAGAAGCUUCAUUUAUCGGCAGAUAGUGUCAACAAUAAUUGUCCAUACAAGAGUGGUUCUAAAUUUCCCUGAAGAGCAAUGGUGAAAGAUUUUCCAGAUAGAGGUGGAAACAAAGUGAUAAAGAGACCUUCAAGGGACAAUAUCAGUACAUCAUUUUUAGCCUCUUGCCUUUUCACCCACGCAAUUCAUCGGUUAUUAGGCAAAGAAGCAACUCAUUUUUUCAUUAGUACAUAAAUAAGAUUAUUCUUUCUUUCACUCCCACGUAAUCUUUUUUUGGUCACUUUUUGGCAGAGUUGAUAGUCUCUGAGAGUAUAAUAAAAACAAUUUUGAUCAUAAUGAUAAUAAUACAACUUCCAAUCUCCUCUUUUCAGGUACUAAUUUUUGCAUUUUUUUCCCAGAAAACAACAGCCUCUGAUAGCGAUUUCGUCUUUUUUUUUUUCGUGUCUGUUUUUAAAAUCCUUCUUCUCUAAUCUAACUCAAAAAAAAAAAAAAAAAAAAAAAAACUUAGAUAAACCAGCAACUUGGGGAUGCAACAAACGAACAAAUAUACAAGAAUUUCACCCCUGUUUCUUUGCAGUAUGAUUUAAAAUCCAUUUUUGCUAGACUAAAGAAAGAAAGAUUGGAAGACAGAGAUUGACGAAGAACACGAACGAUUUACAAAAAGAGAAAAGGCCUUUUGAGCAUUACUGAACAACAUGUGUUAAGAUUGCCAUUGUUGUUACAGUCAUUAGCUUUGGUGCAAGCGAUGAUGGUAGGGAGAAGAACCUCUGUUGAAGUUCCCAUGAGGUAUUUUUGUGUAAGGUUUUGGCAAACAUCACACAGAAUGCACCUAAUAUGCCUUAGGGCUAAGAAAUUUGCACCAUGAACCCAUUUGUCACAUUUCCUACAUAAAUAUGCAUCAUCUGCUUGGCAAUAUAAUGAAGCUUUCGAGUUGCACAGCUCGCACAUCAACACACCCGCCGCCGACACAUCGCCCUUCUGAAUUACCGGAGACUGCCGGCAACCACCGCGACCGUGACCGUGACUGUGACCGUGACGGUGCCCGUGGUUUCCCUCCUCCACACCUCUACACAUUUUUGUGUUUUCCUUCACAAAAACUCAAGUCUAAAUGUAAAUGUGGCUGCU